AUGUGGAGGUCAAGACUACGAACGCCUCUUAUAGGGUCGGUGGCAGCGCCUGGCCGUGCCCCCGCGAGCUCGUUCACAAGAGGACGUCGGAGCCCUCGAGUUCCGCGAGAUUUGACACGGAGAUCAAGGCCCAUAGCACAUAACAGAGGAGCACUCUCUCCACAACAAUUUGAACAAACAACUACGGAACCCAAUAGGCCAAAUCCGAACUACGACCCCGCCCAGAACACCUUACUUUCUCCCGUUCAUAUACCAGAAGAUCCCAAUGGCGUGCUCAAGGAGACACAUCCGGCCAUGGGGAUAUUGGCAAAUUCUGGUUUGGUUAUACAAAGACAGCUUGAGUUGAUGAAUGUGAUGAUCGGAUUCGAACAGGCGAACAAAUACGCCAUCAUGGAUGCAAAUGGAAACCAUAUCGGCUACAUGGCCGAACAAGAGAAAGGCAUGGCAAAUAUGAUGGCGCGACAGUGGUUUCGAACACAUCGAAGUUUUGUGACGCAUGUGUUUGAUCGGCACGAAAACGAGGUGCUUCGAUUCCACCGUCCUUUCUCUUGGAUUAACUCUCGCAUUCGGGUAUACGACCCUCUUGAUAUUGCCAAAAGCACCUUCUCGUCUUCACCUGCUGUCCAGACUGGACCUUCAGGAUCACUUGUCCAAGCUACGGGGGGCUCAAAUGCACGAGUUUCGCCUUUGGGAUUAGACGAUAUGCGUGUCAUUGGAGAAGCACAGCAGCAGUGGGCGCCGUUACGGCGGAAAUACAACCUUUUCACCUAUCAUCACUCCCCUGUUGGUGCCACAGAGAUGCGAACUCAGAGGUUACCUCUUUCACAGACCGGGUUAUCAAAUUCGCAGCAGAUGCAAUUGACGCAGACCAGUGUCAGCGGUCAAGAUGUUGGGGAAUACCAUCAGUUCGCCUAUGUCGAUGAGCCCUUCUUGUCAUGGGACUUCUCUCUACGCUCGGCAGACAGCCGACUCAUUGGCUCAGUCAAUCGAAAUUUCGUUGGCUUCGCGCGGGAAUUGUUCACAGACACAGGUGUUUAUGCUCUUCGCAUGGAUUCUGCGGCUCUUGGAUCCGAGGAUUCGACUGCACAAGCAAACGCGCCAACUGGAAUGACUCUGGAUCAACGGGCAGUAAUGCUGGCCACUGCGGUCAGCAUUGACUUCGAUUACUUUAGUCGUCACAGUGGUGCUGGCGGUUUUGGCUUCAUGCCCAUCUGGUUCCCCGGCAUUGGCAGAGAGGCCGCUGCCGGUGGUGCCGCUGCUGGCGAAGCUGGAGCUGUAGGUGAGGCGGCCGCGGGCACCAUUGGCAGGGCUGGCGCCGCUGGAGGAAUUGCCGAAGGUGCUGCUGCAGGAGCUGCAGGAGCGGGUGCGAUGGCUGGUUACGAUGCAUUGUCAAGAGGCAUGGCUGGAGACAGCAAUCCACAGCAUCCUCCCUCACCCGAGCAGCAGCCAUACUCGGCAGACCAGCAAUCAUCAGUCCCCGAUCAAGCAGGCCCUUACGGGGAUGUAUGGGCCGAGGACCAGGAGGAUCCUUUUUCUCGCGGGCCUGAAGAUACCUGGAACAUUGAGGAGCCAGAUGAUGAGGGCGAAGAAGGGAGUGACGACAAUGACUGGUUUUGA